ACUGGAAGUUGGUAGUUGGUGUUAGAAAGGGAUAGGUGUUUGUUAUUUUACUUGAUUCCUAGUCAGUGUUUCUGUUUGUUGUGGUCAUUUUGCUCUGGGAAAUAGAGGUGUAGAUAAUUAUCGUAUUUGUCGUCCGGAUGUUAUACAUUUUUUAGUAAAGGCGUGUUUAAUUAAUUAAAAUAGGAAGAAAUUUGAAGGCUAGAAUAUGCCUUAUGCAAAUCAACCUUCUGUCCAUAUUACUGAUUUGACUGAAGAUAAUGUUAAAUUCUUCAUUGAAGAUACCGAAUUAAGUGUUGCCAACAGUAUGAGGAGGGUGUUUAUAGCAGAAACGCCAGUGAUGGCUAUAGACUGGGUGCAGUUGGAAGCCAACUCUACUGUUCUAUCUGACGAGUUCUUGGCCUCGAGGAUUGGACUCAUCCCACUUACUUCAGACGAUGUUGUCGACCGAAUCCAGUACACAAGGGACUGCUCGUGUGUAGACUUCUGCCAGGAAUGUAGUGUGGAGUUCACCCUGGACGUCAAGUGUACGGGUGAUGAGACACGACUAGUGACCACUGCUGACCUGAAGUCCAGUGACCUGCGAGUGGUUCCGGUGACCUCUCGGAACCGUGAUGCAGACCCCAAUGACUACGGUGAAACUGAAGAGAUCCUGAUAGUGAAACUGAGAAAAGGGCAGGAGCUGAAACUUCGUGCCUACGCAAAGAAAGGUUUCGGCAAGGAACACGCCAAGUGGAACCCCACCGCCGGGGUGUCGUUUGAGUAUGACCCCGACAACUCCAUGAGACACACCUUGUUCCCCAAACCUGACGAGUGGCCCAAGAGCGAGUACACGGAACUGGACGACGAUCAGUAUGAAGCACCGUUCAACUGGGAAGCCAAACCCAACAAGUUCUUCUUCAAUGUGGAGAGUUGUGGCUCACUGAGGCCAGAGAACAUCGUUCUGAUGGGCGUUGCUCAGCUGAAGCACAAACUCAGCAACUUGCAGACUCAGCUCAGUCUCGACAUGCGGAACAACGUUUUGUCUAUUAUUUAAUACGUUUUCCUUUUUCCGUGACUAAUGUUUAGAAAUAAAUUGUUCUGUAAUAAAUGUUGUAAUUUUUA